AGAUCAUUGAUGAUGCCAGCGGAAUAGUUGGCAGAACUACCACCUCAACGGCAUUAUUUCAUAGUACAUCAGCUAGCUAUAGCUAUAUAUUAGUACGGUAGAUUAAUUAACCCAACAUACUAAGCUAGAAAUAGCAAAAUAGGUUUCUUCUUCUUGCUGCAGCUUAUUGUAACCAUUGGUCCUCUAUUCUUCUGCGAAGCGGUUGCAAUAACAAUGGCGCCGCCACCUGAAAACGGAACAGUUGGUAGAAGAGGAACUUCUUCAGCUGUCUUCGCCUUCGGGGACUCGAUUCUUGAUACCGGCAACAACGACCAUAUCACAACAUUGAUCAAGUCCAACUUCCUUCCCUACGGAAGGGAUUUUCCGGGAAGAAUCUCCACCGGUAGAUUCUCCGACGGAAGGCUCAUUUCGGACCUCAUAGUUGAAAGUUUGGGAAUCAAGUAUUUUUUACUGCCUUAUCUUGAUCCAAAUCUUCAAGAUGACGAUCUCAUAACGGGAGUGUGUUUUGCUUCGACCAGUUCUGGUUAUGAUCCCAAGACACCAAAAAUAUUGGUAGUCAUAUCGAUUCCGUAUCAACUCAAUCUCUUCCAACAAUACGUGGGGAAGUUGAGAAACCUCGUGGGAGAGCAGACAUCAAACGACGUCGUUGAAAACAGCAUUUAUCUAUCUCUACUAUACUUCAACGACGUUUUAUUGACCUCUUUGUUUCAUACCAGAACAAAGUCGUCGUUGGAAAUGGCUUCAUACGCCGGCUUUCUCGCCGGCCGGGCUUCCGCCUUUCUCAGGCAGCUGUACGGGCUGGGAGCUCGAAAGAUCGUUCACCUGAGUGCGUUAACGACCGGAUGUUUCCCCGCCUUCAGAACUUUGCUCGGUGGAGUACAGAGGCAAUGUUCUGACGAGUCCAGCGAGCUGGCCGUGAUGUUCAACGAGAAGCUCAGUGACGAAAUUCAGCGACUGAACGAUGACGUAUCGAUUCUUGACUUGAGUUGA